AUGCCUGUCGAUGCCCAAACUGGCAUCAGUUGGCUCUGAAACUCGGCUGUGCUGGGUUAAUCCUUCUUGUCUUGAGCCUUACUGGACUCAGUGUCUUAGUGCGAAUCUUAGUGCAAAAACCACCAAUAGAAAAAUGCGGUGUGUCUGCUCAAGAGAUCAUGGCUGUACCAACAGAGAGAUCAGCCAUUCCAACAUGCUUGAAAGAUUGGCAGCCAUACCGGGAUAAAUGCUUAUUUAUUUCUCAAAUUCGCAGACCUUGGUCUGAAGGUCUAGUUGACUGCUCUGUGAGAGGAGGCACUUUGCUGCUCAUUGAAGAUCAAGAAGAAUUGAGAUACUUCCAGAAUUUCUCAAAGAUAGAAGGACAUCAGUUUUUUAUUGGACUAAAAUAUAUACAAGUGGAGCAGAUCUGGAAGUGGACAAAUGAAUCUACUUUAAAUCCUGAUCUAUUACAAGUCACUGGCAAGGACAAAGAAAACAGCUGUGCAGUCAUCUCAAUGACAGAAGUAUUUUCUGACACCUGUUCUGCAGACAACCGUUGGAUCUGCCAAAAGAAACUGAAACAUGUCUGA